GCCAUAGCUCUAGUCACUAUGAGAAGAUUACGACAAUGAUACGAUAUACGGGAUCCCGAAUAAGUAAUAUUCUUGUGAACCUUGCUUUCAAGAGGUUUAACUCUACUUUUGAUAGUUUAGCUUCGUCAUCUCCCUUAUUAUCCAAUUUAUACCCUACAUGUACAAGUUGCGGGAUCAGGCUUCAAACUGUAGAUAAAAGCAAGCCAGGUUAUUAUAUACCGGUAGAAGACAGAAAAUCUAAAGAAAAGGUCCUCAAAGAUGUGGAUUUGACUUUUCAAAGUCAUAUAGAGAAAUUAUCGCAAGAAGAUCAGAAUUUAUUGAUAAAUGACACAACUUCGAAAAAGUCUAACAAAAGUUCUCUAUUGUAUCACUCCAAGAAUAUACUUUCAGAUGCAUUUCAAAAAGAGAAAAUAGAAUUAAAGAAGCGUACCAAAGAUAACUCAGAGUGUGUACGAUGCAGAGAUGCUACUUAUAGAUCAAAUUUUAAAGAAAUUGGUCAAACAGAAUUUCCUGUAAGAAAACUAGAAGAUAUCAUGAAAGAAAUUCCACCUCAUGAAAAGAUUAUGUAUAUUGUAAGUGCUCAAGAUUUUCCUUUAUCUUUAAAUCCGGCCAUCUUUCAGUAUCGACUUCCUAAUGAUAUUAAAUUUAUUAUUAAUAAGAGUGAUUUAUUAUUCAAAACUAAUAACUUGAGUUUGAAAUAUGGAAAAUCAUUCUUUCAAGAUUAUCUUCGUCACAAGUAUGGAGUACCUCCAGAAAAUGUAUUCAUAACAAGUGCUAAGACCGAUUGGAAUAUUAAUUCAUUAUUGAAUUUCAUAGAUGAUACUUAUUAUUUGAUAGGUAAAACAAAUAGUGGUAAAUCAUCGCUCAUGAAAUCAUUUUUAUAUUCAUUUGAGGUUGAUAGAAUGAAGAACAGACUUCUUAAUUCCAAGGAAAAGAUCCAGCUUGAAAAGCAAGAAGAUAUCAAGAUGAAUACAUCUUUACCUUUUGUCAGUAAUAGUAGAGGUGAUGGGAAAAGGUUUAAAGAAUACUUCAACAAAAUUAUAGGUCCUGGUGCAUCCUACGUCCCGGGUUAUACAAGAGGCUUUAUAAGAGUGGACUUGCCUAAUAAUAAGGUUAUAUAUGAUGUCCCUGGAUUUAUGACAUCUGAAGAUAUCCACAGCUUCUAUAGUCUUCUUGAUACUCAUAAGAUCAAAGAUUUAAGCAAGGGCGCUCUUGUCUAUGAAAGGGGAAUGUAUAAUUCUAGGUAUGAAACGCUUAAAGGUGGUCAAACAUUAACUGUAGGAGGUUUAUUUUAUUUGAACACUCCUAAAGAGUCAAUAUAUCAAAUUAGAAAUUGCAUUAACUCUGAUUUACAGGUUUUCAGAGAUUUUUCUAAGGCUAUUCAAGUAAGUAAAAAAUUGGAUCCUAGUUUGGCUAACAAGUUUGUCAUUAAGAAUGAUGACAAGAGUAUCAGUGAAUUGGAAAGCUUUAUUAUUCCUCCAUUUUAUGGAGCUAUUGAUCUUGUAAUAAGUAACUUUGGUCAUAUUAGUAUAAUUCCGACUGGAGCCAAAAAGACUAAUCAACCUUUAAUCGUAUACUUGCCUAAGGGGGUAGAGGCAGUUGUUAGACAACCAAUUAGUCAAUAUAUAGCUAAAACCUUGACUGGAAGAGAUAAAAAGGGAAACAUCUUAAGAAAAGAAAACUUAGUGUUGAAGAGCACUAAGGCAGUUAAAAGGUACAACAAAAAGAAUCCAUUUGCUAGUAGGUUGAUACCAUUUCCAACCAAUGAAUUAAAGCUCAUAUUAAACAAUGAGGAGAUAUCGGAAAACUUUUUACAAAACCAGAAGUCUGCAACUUAUGAUAAAAUCAAUCAUCUUGGUAGAUUAUCGGAUAAAGCAGCAUAUGAUGAUCAAACUGUCCUUAAUGAGGAAAAUUGUUAUGAUUAUUGGAUCGAAUAAUUGUUUCUAUACUAGCCACAUUAUGUGCUUAAUAUUUAAUUUCGGCUUCCAUCCUGUAUAUAGAUAUUCUCGCCGCUUUAAAUAUUUUUUUAAUAGAAGGAACAAUUAAUCGUUGAGGUCUCGGUAAGUGAAAAAAUAACAUCAACGACGAAUGAAGUUUAUUUUUCUGUUUCAUGGCAAAAAGAGGAAAAAAUAAUAUUUUGUAAAAAAUAAAACUAAAAGGGGAAAUUCAUAAAAUAAAUAAUAAAAA